AUUCUUUCUUUCAAUUAUACUGUUAUAAUUGUGUAUUAUCAUUUGUAAUUGCAGGACUAUUCCAUUACAGGACAGAUGAAGGCAACUGGCACAUCCUGGCAACAUUUACUGCUCAUAUAUGGCCAAGGAGGAGGACGAGGAAGCCAUGGAGGAGGAGGCCCAUCAUUCUUGUGUCCCAGCAGCCCCUGCAGCAGCCCCUGCAGCAGCAGGAGAAAGAGGAGUUGUUGCAGGCUUUCAUCACUGCUGGGUGGUGUGCAGAGACACAGCAGCAGCAGCAGCAGCUCCUGAUCUGGGCUAUAUGAUCUGUUCCAGCACUGCAAAGCCAGCGGUACUGACCACAACUCAGGGAUGAUCCUGCCACAGAUGGCUGCAUGAGAAGACACCAAAUGGCGUUCACAGGGAGGGGCCCCAACGGGGAUGAAAACCUCCAAUCCAUGCUUGUGGGGACAUUGAUGAGGAAAAUCAAGUCUCGUACCUGGAAGAAGCAGCGCUACUUCAAACUAGAGGAUGACUGCAUGACCAUCUGGUACCAGUCAAGGAAGGCUGGCAAUGUCCAUUCCACGUUCUCCGUGAGUGAUGUGGAAGCAAUACGAGAGGGCCACCAGUCUGAAGUGUUGCUCAGCAUCGCAGAUGAGUUUCCGGCCGAGCGAUGCUUCACACUGGUCUUUCGCGGUCGCAGGGGCAACCUGGACCUGGUGGCUGAGUCAGCUGAGGAGGCACAGUCCUGGAUCAGGGGCAUGAGGAAACUGAUCGAAAACCUGGAGAACAUGGGCGAGAGAGAGAAACUUGACCAAUGGAUUAGUGACUGGUUCAAAAAAGCAGACAAGAACAAUGAUGGUAGGAUGAACUUCAAGGAAGUGCAGGACUUACUGAAAAUGAUGAACGUGGAUAUGAACGGGCACCACGCUCAUCGUCUCUUCACUAUGGCUGAUAAAUCCCGGUCAGGAACACUGGAAGAUGACGAGUUUGUGUUCUUCUACAAGAUGUUGACCCAGCGGGAGGAUGUACUGAGGAUUUUCCAAAAGUACACGGUUGAUAGCCAGAAGCUCUCCCAAAGUCAUCUGGAGGACUUUUUGAGAAAGGAGCAGCUGGAGAGGGGCAACAUUCAGCAGCAUGCCAAGCAGCUCAUUGAAAACUAUGAGCCAUCAGACAGAGCUAAGCUGCUGAAUGCCAUGACAUUUGACGGCUUCCUGAUGUACCUCGGCUCAGCUGAGGGAUCCAUAUUCAACCCACAGCGACGGGGGGUUUACCAGGACAUGAGCCAGCCGCUGUGCCAUUACUUCAUCUCCUCCUCUCACAACACCUACCUAAUGGAGGACCAACUCCGUGGACAGAGCAGUGUGGAAGGAUACAUCAGGGCUUUGAACCGCGGCUGUCGGUGUGUGGAAGUGGACUGCUGGGAUGGUGCCAAUGGAGAACCCAUUGUCUAUCAUGGACACACUUUUACCUCAAAAAUCCUCUUCAAAGAUGUGGUCAGCACGGUGGGCAACUACGCCUUCAAGGUGUCAGAAUAUCCCGUCAUCCUAUCCAUCGAGAACCACUGUGGUGUUGAGCAGCAGAGAGUCAUGGCCCAACACCUCGACCACAUCCUCGGUGACAAGCUGCUCAAAAGCACAUUGGAUGGCAAGGCCCCAAUUAGGCUGCCGUCCCCUGAGGAACUUAAGGGGAAGAUUCUGCUGAAGGCUAAGAAAAUUGGUGGAUUGGAGGAGAGUUUCAAUGGGAUGGUGGAGAACCCGCUCACUGAGGAGGUCAGUGAUGAAGAUGCAGUGGCUGAGAUGGAUGAAGACAAUCUCCACCGCGAGAGCGUCCGUCACAGAGUUAAGAAGUCAAAACAGCGUCUGUCCAAAGAGCUGUCAGACUGUGUGGUUUACUGCAAAAGCGUCCACUUCAGCAGCUUCAAACACUCCCGCAUCCACUCUAAGUUCUACGAGGUGGCCUCUUUUACUGAGUCUAAAGCCCGCAAACACCUCAGAGAGGCUGGGGCUGAGUUUGUGCACCACAACUCCCGGCAGUUAACCAGGGUUUAUCCCACUGGCUUCCGAACAGAUUCCUCCAAUUUUAAUCCUCAGGAAAUGUGGAACGCUGGGUGCCAAAUCGUUGCUUUGAAUUUCCAGACUGCUGGGGAAGGGAUGGACCUGAACGAUGGCCUGUUCAGUCAAAAUGGCCGCUGUGGUUAUAUCCUGAAGCCCCAAUUCCUAAGGGAGGCAGAGGAAAGGUUUGAUCCUGAAAUGCCCCAAAAGGGUGCUGGCUAUAGUCCUGUCAUGCUCAUCAUACAGGUGAUCAGUGGGCAGCAGCUGCCCAAGGUCAACUUAAAAAAGGAUUCUAUCGUGGAUCCUCUGGUCCGAGUGGAGAUCCACGGCGUUCCUAUGGAUCAGGCCAAGCAGGAGACCAGAUACAUAGAGAAUAAUGGGUUCAACCCCGUGUGGUAUGACACUCUGCGUUUCACCAUCCACACCCCUGAACUUGCCAUGGUGCGCUUUGUGGUGGAAGACUAUGACAAGACAUCCAGGAAUGACUUUGUGGGACAGUAUACGCUUCCUCUUAGCUGCAUGCAGCAAGGUUAUCGUCAUAUUUACCUAUUAUCCAAAGAUGGGACCAGUAUUCCACCUGCCUCCAUAUUUGUACACAUCAGGAUUACGGGACUGAAAUAACUUUACAGCUAACAGCAGGAGACCAUAAUAUUUGUUUUUUAAAAUAUCAGUUGUAUUUUGUGUGAAGAAAUACUAAGCCAAAUGUUGACUGGUUGUUAUGCAGUAUAUAGUACAUAUGCAGUUGUUUUUUUGUUGUGUUUCGUGUAUGUGCACUGUUCCUGUGAUUGACUUGAACUUUGCUGCUCAUGUUUGAUAUACUGUGUCUGUUGCAAAAUGAUUUGUUUCUGUCACAGAGCAGAAUGUGCCACCAAUAUUUUUGGUUCUGACGUUGUUGUUGUUGUUAUCAUUAAUAUUAUUAUUAUUAUUAUUAGUAGUAGUAGUAGUAUUGUUAUUUUCUGGAGCUUAGAUUGGCUCCAGUCCACCUCACCCCCCUGUAACCCUUAAGAGGAUAAAGUGGUUGAAAAUGAAUGAUUCCAUUAUUUUCUGUCAGUAUUUUCUUUCAAUGUACAGCACUUAAUGAACAGGCUCACAGCUUUCACUGUGGUCAACGUGCAAAACUUGAAAUGUAGUUCUAUUCCAGUGACAGAGAAGCUUAAUAUUUGCUUUCACAGACAGUUUAAAGGAAUGGUUUGGAUGUGGUCGCAUGAGGGAGUGCAAAGAAAAACAGAUUGUAGCUGCUUAACAAAAGGCACACAGAUGUAACCUGACUUAUCCAUUUAAAUUGUGUAAUAACCAAUAAUAUAUGUAUGUCUAUAUAUAUAUGUGUGUGUUUUGCUCUUAUAUAAUUUUCAUAAUUUUAUAUAAGAUAUUGCUAUUAUUUUGUUGAAGUCUCGGCUGUUUGUGUUAAAGUCUGAUAAUGCUGCAAGCAGGCUGGACAGAUGGACACCAUGUCUGGUUAAGUUUUUGCUCAUUAGAAUUGACUUAAAAUGGAUUUUAGCGUUUCUUGUUCAUGUUCGUAGCCUUCAGCCAGUGAGAUAAUUUGUUUUGCUUGUCUGUUUUACUUUGGUAAGACAUUAUUUCACAUGCUGUGCAUGCAACAAUUUUUGCUCAGCUGACUUUGCCUUUAUAUCAUGUGUGUGUGCUUGUCGAGACUUCAAAUACACCCAGAGUCAGAAAGCCACUUGUCUUUGCCUGAGAGAAAUUUAAAUUUACAUUUUUAAAUUUUUAAAAUUAAAAAUUAAAAAUUAAAAAAAAAAACAGUCAUGACAUGUCUGCAAGAGUUUCAAAAUUGGGGAAUCCUGAAAUGGGUUUGAAUUGAAUGUUUUGUAAAAUAUUUGGUCUAGUGCUGCUGCACAGACCACACGAGAUUCACAUCACAACUGUGACGAUACACAUGUACGCCACUAGAUGGCAGCAGGAACUCCUCUAAUUGGAAACCUCGGAAAGGAUACUUACAAAAAUUCUUGUAAUUUAUAGAAUCUAUAAAUGUAGCAUUUUCCCGAAGAUUGAAUUAAAAAAAAACAUCA